AGCCAGGAGGGAAGGGAGGGCAGAAAUGCUGCAAUGAUUAUACUCUGAGAAACAUUAGUGAAGAGGAAGAAAUCACUGUAGCUGAGGAUGGCUUUGGCCUAUUGAUUCUUCCUGUGUCUGCCAUCCCAGUGCUGGCAUUACAGGCUUGUGCCACCAAACCUGGCUUGCCGCAUUUCUUCAGUAAAUUCCAAAGCCAUUUGGAACUGGGAUCUGAUGAGUUUUGUUCUUUUCUUUCCUAGCCGGGCCCCUCAGAUGAGGGCUGCUCCUAGACAUGCACCUGCAGCUCAGCCUCCAGCAGCAGCUGCACCAUCUGCAGUUGGCUCCCCUGCUGCUGCACCCAGGCAGCCAGGCCUGAUGGCCCAGAUGGCAACCACUGCAGCUGGUGUGGCUGUGGGCUCUGCGGUGGGUCACACCCUGGGUCAUGCCAUCACUGGGGGCUUCAGUGGGGGUGGCAGUGCUGAGCCUGCAAGACCUGACAUCACUUACCAGGAGCCCCCAGGAGCCCAGCUGGUGAAUCAGCAGUCUCGUGGGCCUUGUUCUCUUGAGAUCAAACAGUUUCUGGAGUGUGCUCAGGACCAGGGUGAAGUCCAACUGUGGGAGGGCUUCAAGAAGGUGCUGAGGCAGUGCAGAAUUGCAAAUGAGGGCCAUCCCCCAAGAAUGGAUCGUGUAGAGAAAAAGGUUAAGAAAAGAAGAUACAGUGAAGAUUUUUUACAGUAUGGUUUUACCUCAAAAAUUACAGCAGAAAUUGAGAAACCACAGUGUGUUAUUUGUGGUGAUGUUCUAUCAGCAGAAUCUAUGAAGCCAAACAAACUAAAACGCCAUUUUGAUAGCAAGCACCUGAGCUUUGCGGGCAAGGAUAUCAGCUAUUUUAAAAGCAAAGCUGAUGAACUCAAGAAAGGCAGACUUGACACUGGCAUCAAGUCUCCCAAACAGAAUGUAGUAGCUGUUGAAGUUUCAUAUUUGGUGGCACUCAGAAUUGCCAGGACUAUGAAGCCUCACACUUUUGCUGAGGAUUUACUGUUGCCAGUAGCCAAAGACAGUGUUGGAGUUAUGAUCGGAGACGAAUUUGUUACGCAGUUGAGUGCAGUUUCCUUAUCUAAUGACACUGUUCGCAGAAGAAUAGAUGACAUGUCUGCUGAUAUUCUUGAUCAGGUAAUCCAGGAAAUUAAAUCUGCUCCACUUCCAAUAUUUAGUAUCCAGCUGGAUGAAUCCACAGAAGUUGCAAACUGUUCACAGUUACUGAUGUACGUGAGGUAUAUCAAUGAUGGCGACUUUAAAGAUGAGUUUCUCUUUUGCAAACCUCUUAACACAGCAGCCACUGCACGUGAUGUAUUUGAAAGAGUUGGUUCAUUUCUGAAAGAGCACAAGCUUUCUUGGGAAAUGGUUUGUGGUAUUUGUACAGAUGGAGCUCGGGCUAUGCUAGGAUGUCAGUCUGGAUUUCAACAUUUGGUACUGAAUGAGUCACCGAAAGUCAUUGGAACUCACUGUAUGAUUCAUCUGCAAACGUUAGCAAUGAAGACACUGCCACAAGACUUAAAAGAAGUCAUGCAAAGCGUCAUAAGUUCUGUUAAUUUCAUAAAGUCAAACACUUUAAACAGUCAACUGUUUUCACAACUGUGCAAUGAUUUGGAUACACAGAACAAAGCUCUCCUGUUUCAUACUGAAGGGAGAUGGUUGUCCAGUGGAACAGUUUUUAAACGUGUUUUUGAGCUUCGUGAUGAACUUAAAAUAUUUUUUAGUCAGAAAGGAAGACCGCAGUUGGAGGCACUUUUCAGUGAUGAAAGUGAAUUGCAGAAAAUGGCUUAUUUGGUGGACAUCUUUGCCAUCUUGCAUGAGUUAAAUUUAUCACUGCAAGGGCCAAAUGCAACUUGCCUUGAUUUGUCUGAAAAGAUCCAGUCAUUCCAAAUGAAACUUGAGCUUUGGCAAAACAAAUUGGAUGAAAAUAAAAUACACAUGUUGCCUACCUUAUCUGCUUUCUUUGAGGAGCAUGACAUUAAACCCUCCAAAAGGAUUACAGUGAUAAUUUCUAUGAAAAAACACUUGCACAUGCUUGCACAAGAAAUUUCAUGGUACUUUCCAAAUCUACCUGAUGUCCCAUUUGCCCUUGCCAGAAGCCCAUUCACAGUCAACGUGGAAGAUAUUCCUGAGCCGGCACAAGAGGAGUUCAUCGAACUUGUUAACAGUGAUGCAGCAAGAACGGACUUCUCUACACUGCCAGUUACACAAUUCUGGAUCAAGUGUUUGCAGUCAUACCCUGUUCUGUCUGAGACUGUGUUGCGCCUCCUCCUCCCAUUUCCAACAACAUAUCUUUGUGAAAAAGGGUUUUCCAGUUUGUUGGUUAUCAAGUCUAAAUACAGACGUAGACUCGCUGUGGAAAAUGAUCUUCGUUGUGCUCUAGCAAAGACUACCCCGAGAAUUUCUGAUCUAGUGAGAAAGAAGCAGUCUCAACCUUCACACUGACAUUUUUUUUUUUUUUUUUUUUUUUUUGGUUUUUUGAGACAGGGUUUCUCUGUAUUGUUUUGGACACUGUCCUGGAACUCAAUUUGUAGACCAUGCUGGCCUCAAAUUCACAGAGAUCAGCCUGCCUCUGCCUCCCAAAUCCUGGGAGCAAAGGCGUGUGCCACCAACUGACUUUGGCUUUUUACAGAUAUUGUGUGUGCAAAAUGUAGCAAGUUCUGGUUGGUUUUGUUUGUUUGUUUGUUUGUUUUCAGAUUUUGUUGUUAUUUGUGGCAGGGUUUGUCUAUGUAGCCCUAGCUGUCCUGAACCUUAUGUUGUAGACUAUGCUGACCUCAAACUCAUAGAGAUUCACCUAUCUCUACUUCCCAAGUGCUGGGACUAAAGGCCUUCGCUGCCACCACCCAGCUACUGUUGUUAUAGUAAGACCGUUGUUACCCAUGCUACAUCAUGUGUCAAGACAAAAAUUUAUAAUUAGAAAAUAUUUCACAAUAUAUACAUAUUGUUUUGGGGGGAUUAAUCACUGUGCUUUAAUGAUUUUCAGCUUGUAACAAUGAAAAUAUAUCCUACGUAUCAGAUGUUUACCUUACAGUUCAUUACAGUUAUGAAAUAGUAACAAAUUAAUUUUUAUGACUGGUGGUCACCACAGCAUGAACUAUGUUAAAUAAAGGGUCACAGCAUUA